CCUACUUCCCCGACUCUUUCCUCCCUCCCCCUAAGCUCUAGGAUGUUCUGCUGAGCUACUUCCAAGGUCAUUUGUAUGGAGUGAUUUAGAUAAGAUCACGUAUGUCCUUGGUGUAGCCGGAGCUCCUAGCUUACGCAUCCCUCUCCCCGCCUCUAGUUCAGUUAAAUACUACACCCCCGAUACCCUUCAGCCGCAACCCUAGCGGUGGACGAAAAUCAGAAUUGUGAUCGCAAUUCGAAGUCUCGAUUCUGGUAAUAUACCUCUUCAAAGAAGACACCCAUUGCUGCCCAAAGUGGGCCGUGUACCAUGUCGAACCCUGCGCAACCCUUCGACAAUCGACGAGCGACAACCUAUGGCCGGCCAGAGGAGCUACAUAUUCCGCCUGGGGGUAUGGGAGCCUCGAACCUACAGCGGCAGUCCAUGUCCCAUGAAUUCUCGGGAAUCGCUGACAACCACGUUCCUUCCAUAAAUGUCCAUCCCACGAGCUCUCAGCCCAAUCAGUAUGGCAGCGGCAAUACGAACACCGUCCUGCCAGGAGCACUCCAGCCAGGAAACGUCAACCGUCCUCCAGCAGUGUCCAUCAAUACCGCCCCAUCGGCCGUUCCUACCCUUACUCAGAUAUCUGCGCAAUUACAGCAACAGCAACAGCCGCAGUCGCAGUCACAGCCGCCGCUCCCGCAGCAACAAGCACCUCCAUCACAACAACCGCCGCCGACAACGCCCCGUUCCAACAUGGGCAACUCGCAUGGGCACUCGAGAUCCAGUCCGGCAAAUGCCAGGUACGGUUCGUCGCCUGGUGUAGGGUUCCAGCCUCUUACUCCACAAGGCAAAUACUCCCCUCUUGGACUGGCCGAUAUCCGGCCAACAGGCGAUCUUCUAGGCGAUCCUCUCACCAGUCCCGGUUCACUGCCCAUGAACGGAGAUAAUCAAGUGCCAACAAAUAGCAAUUAUCUUGCGCCUUGGCCGAUAUAUGCCGUUGAUUGGUGUAAAUGGCCCAUUCCUGGAAAUUCGGGCUCGUUCGGAGGCAAGAUUGCACUUGGGAGCUACUUAGAAGAUAAUCAUAACUAUAUACAAAUCAUUGAUACACACUGGACUAAACCAGAUCAGGAUACACCAGAUGCAGCAGCUGGCGAGAUUAAGUUGGAAUAUGUUAAAACGGCGGAGGCCACACAUUCAUAUCCCGUCACGCGAAUACUAUGGGAACCUCCCUCAUCGCAGAAGCAGUCGACGGAUCUCCUGGCGACUUCAGGAGAUCAUCUGCGGUUAUGGUCUCUGCCUACAAAUCAGCCAUUGCAAACCUCAAAUUCUAUCACGCGAUCGGCGAGUCAGAGGGAGGGCCCCUGUGCUAAGCUCUCGCCGCUCGCUUUACUUUCAAACUCAAAAUCUCCCGAGCAUACAGCUCCUAUCACAUCACUCGACUGGAACACGAUAUCUCCGAGCUUGAUCAUCACGUCUAGCAUCGACACUACUUGUACGAUCUGGGAUAUCCCCACCCUCACAGCCAAGACGCAGCUCAUUGCCCACGAUAAAGAAGUGUAUGACGUUCGAUUCUGCGCAAAUAGCGUCGACGUUUUUGUCAGUUGCGGUGCCGACGGUAGUGUGCGCAUGUUCGAUCUCCGUAGUUUAGAGCACAGUACCAUUAUUUACGAGCCGACGGAGAAAAGUGAUAAGCUAAUCAGUCCCGGGAAUGGCAGCCCCUCCGCUCCUAUGUCCAUAUGGCCUCCGCCGCUUCUACGAAUCGCAGCAUCUCCUCAUGACGCUCACCUUCUAGCCACUUUUUCCCAGGACUCCAACAUUGUCCGUGUUCUAGACGUCCGUCAACCCGGCCAGGCCCUCUUAGAACUCAAGGGCCAUGGCGCCUCCAUCAAUAGCGUAGAGUGGUCGCCGAAUCGCCGUGGCGUGCUCGCCUCUGGCGCAGACGAUUGCUUAGUUCUUCUCUGGGACCUAAUCAACCAGCACAACGCCGCAUCAGUUCCACCGGCGGCCCACACCCCCGGCGCUCCCUCGACCACCUCAGAGCGUGGUCCCGCCGCCGCUUGGCAGUGUGACUACGAGGUCUCGAAUAUCAGCUGGUCCCCGCAAGGUGGGACAACCGGCGCAGGACAUCCGCGGGAUUGGUUAGGAGUGUGCGGUGGGCGGGGAUUGUGGGGUGUUGCGCUAUAAAAGAACCGAUUCAUCUACUAGACGCUAUAUCCUCUACCUGUCUCACCUACUAGUCAGCCGGUUACCCUGCUAUUUGCCCCGUGUCUUAUCCACACCACGGCUGACUUGCAUCAUUCUACCAUGGACGCGACAUGGUACGGUCUGAUACGAGUGAAUGAAUGAACGAACGCUUGGAUAGUAAGAGUAUGAAUCUGUAAACAUUUGAGUAUUUUGUUAGAAUGGCAGCCCUGCAGACAAGUAAAUCAAAGGGGGGGGAAGUAUAUGUAAUUACCGUGUCUAGUCUAUUACAGGCAGAUAACAUGAUAUAUAACAGGGGAUCGAAG